AUGGAACUAAUUCAGAUCAGUAAAGAAGAGAGCUCAAGGCUUCUCAAAGACAAGAAUAUCUUAAAUGAGGUUGUUCUUGACAAAUAUAGACUUGCAGGUCAAAUAACUCAGACAUGUUUAGACUAUUUACUUAAUUUAAUAAGAGAUUCCUAUCAUUUGGCAAAAAUGAAUCCAUUGUCUUCAACCGAGCUAUGUAUUCUUGGAGACUCAUAUUUAUCCAAAGCCUUAAAAAAUGUAUAUAGCAAAAGUUCAUUGUCUGUCAGUGAAAAAGGCAUCUCAAUGCCUGUCACAAUUCAAGUCAACGAUAUACUAUCUGGGGUUUCUCCAGAAAUAGAUGAUGCAAAGUCAUUAAACUUAUAUUUCACUCCAGGCGAUAUUGUUAAGAUAUCUUUCGGCGUUCAUAUUGACGGUUAUACAUCCAAUGUUUCUCAUACAAUCGUAAUUUAUCCUCCACCUAAUCCAACUCAACAGCCUUUGGAUAAAAAUGAUAUUAAACCUGCUGGUCCAUUAUUGGGCCCCAAGGCUGAUGCAAUUUGCGCUUCAUACAUUGCAAUUGAAGCUGUAGUGUCUUUAAUGGGUUUGGCUGUAGCACCCGAAAAAAUUCCUAAAAGUUUCAAUUCUAAUAAUAUAAACGGAACUCUAAUUAGACAAUUAGUUGAUAGAAUUGCAUCAAUUUACAACUGCGUUGUUGUACCAUCGUCUAAAGUGAGAAGAGUAAGAAGAUUUCUUGCUGGCCAAGCUGAAGGUGUAGUUCUUGAGAAGGAGUUUAAGGGGAUUGUUUGGACUGAAGCUAAUCAGGAAGCUGGUUUAUUAGCGAGAUCUGAAAGUACAGAAUUAGAAAAAUAUAAUUUAAAUGAGAAAGAUAAAGAAUUUCUUGUAACUCCUGGAGAAGUAUAUUUAAUUGAUAUCCAUAUGGCACCGCUUUCUGAAUUCAAGAAAGAAGUUGGGUUGGUGACAUUAGAAGAAGUCAACAAUCAUGCUGGUAGUAAAGAUAAUAGUUUGAAAUUGAGACCUUCUAUUUUCCUUAGAGAUUUUGCUUAUUCUUAUGCUUUACGUUUAAGUGCUUCGAGGAAAACUAUAACAAAAAUUGAUCAAACAUGUUCAGUGUAUCCUUUCAAGAUAUCAUAUCUUUCAGAUAAUUUUCCAAUUGAUCCAAAAGGAAAUCUACCCGAACAGAUUAAAAAAAUACAGGACGAUAUUAAAUUGUUAAGAUUGGGAAUGAGCGAAAUUGUUAAUCAUAGAUUAGUAACAGAACGACCAGUUACAGCUGGAAAAUUUAUACCAUUAGAAGAAAUUUUAAAGGCGUCGAAUCCAAAUGGACAAACUAGUUCAACUGUUUUACCUAAUGCUUUAUUAGAUAUUCCAUUACCAAAAUUAGGUAUUACAUCAUUAAAAUUGCAAAAUUUAGUAAGAUAUGGGAAAAAAAUUCCAAUUGCUAGUGAAUCAACAACUAUCAUAUUAAUUAAAAAUGGAAAUAAUUUUACUAGUGGUGGUAAAGGCGAAGUGCUAAGAUUAUCAGGUGGAUCAAAAGUCGCCAAACCAAAUUGGGUUCAUAGCGAUUACAGUUUAAAAGGAGAAGGAGCUGAAGAGAUUGUUAAUAUAAUAAGACUAGGUCAAGAUAGUAGAUUUGGAGUUAAAAUUAAAGAAUGUCAGCCAAUUAAAAUGCAAUUUUAA